AUGGAUCCUUUUGAGAAAUUACCUGAAGAAAUCUUUGAUGGCAUUUUAAGACACAUUGACAUUAAUGACAUCCUGUUUAAGCUAUCCUUAGUGAGUAAGAAAUGGUACGAAAUAAUCGGAAAAUCAAGUGUCUGUAUGGACAAAGUUAAAUUAAAUUUAAGAGCAAAUAGGAAGACUGAUUUUAAGGAAAGGAUUGAAUUAUUGGAAUGGAUGAGCAAAAAGGAAGCAAGGAAGUAUGUCCACAUCAAAUCAAAUUGCCUACUUAAUGAGAAUAUUUCUCUUGAAUUCUACAAGUUCCUUAAAACAUGCAGUUCCUUAGAAUCCUUAAAUGUCCGCAGUAUUAAGGUUGAUCAGGAUCAAAUCGAUAAAUUUGAUGAAUUGUCAAUACCGAAAUUGGAAUCACUUAAGUUAAUGUUCGUGCCAAGGGAAGUAAUUAAUAGAUUCAUAUUAUCAAGUUGUAACUUGAAAAAAGUCAUUUUAUGGAAUGAAGUGCCAUUAAGCUAUGAUAACUUAAAUUAUCUUCCAACGGACUCAACAAUCGAGUGCGUCAGACAAUUUAUGUUGAAUAACCAAUACUUGGAAGAGCUAGAAAUACAAGGAAGAGCAAAUUUCUAUUCAUUUUUCCACCAAGACAUAUCAAGCUAUGUAAAGUGUCAGUUGAAGAAAUUCACACUUAAGAUCGAAAUGUCUCCACAGCUAUUAACGGAAUCGCAAGAAGAUAAUUUUCUCAAGUUCUUAAGUACACAAGCUGAGUCAUUAGAACACGUAUAUGUGGAUGUAUGUGGGAAAAACAUACUCGAGUACAUUUUCAGUAAACUACCGCAGCUACAAAGUAUUCGUUUUGACAUCGAGUUACGAGACCCGAAUCGUUUCGAUGUUAAAGAAUUAAAUCUACAGAAAUGUGAGAAGAUUUCCAAGUUUGAGCUUCCGUACGUUAAAUUAUUUGACGAUGUAGAAGAUUAUUUAAAUUUGGUGCCAAAUGUCAAGCACUUAUUAAUAGGUCAUAUCGUCCCACGACUCAUAGAUUAUGCUACGACACAUUUACAUCAAUUAGAAAAAUUAACUUAUCGUUAUGAUGACUGUGCAGCAGCAGAGGGUUGUCAGGGAAUGUACGACAAUUUGAAGAAUGAAAAGCCAGAAAUUAAUAAGAACAUUGUAUUAAGUGUUUGUAAUGACUUUUUGUAA